AUGGCAGAACAAGAAUCAACACAAGUCACUCCCCCAGAGUUCAAAUUCACUUUUGACGAAUCCGUCGCAGAGUGGAACGUCAACCACCGUGACUGGCUCAAGACGCACAGCAAAACAUGGGACUCUCUCGCUACGGGUGCCCUCGUCUUUGACGCCGACAACCGCAUCUUGCUUCUCCAGCGCGCCCCGGACGACAGCAUGCCCAACAGGUGGGAGGUCCCAGGCGGAGCGUGCGACGACUCUGACGAGACGGUGCUGUACGGCUGCGCGCGCGAACUCUGGGAAGAAGCAGGCCUCGAGCUGCGGCACAUCCGCCGUGUGAUCCCCGACGGGCUCAGCGGCCAACCCGGCGCUGUUUUUACGAAUCGCACGGGGAAGCGCUUCUUCUGCAAGUUCAGCUUCGAGGUGGACGUUGUAUCGACGGAGGUGGUCAAGCUGGACCCGAAGGAGCAUCAGGAUUAUGUGUGGGCGACGGAGGAGGAGGUUAAGGAGCAGGUUGUUAAGGGAAGAGAUAUCCCGUUGACGAAUGCUAUUAUGGUUAAGUUGGUUGAGAUGGGGUUUGCGAUGAGUAGGAGGGAGAGGGAGGGAUGA